UGAUCCCUUGGAUAGAGGGAUCAUGGAGCAUUGCUUUUGAUCUGUUGAUCUUUCCUUAAAAUCAAGUAAAUGCAUGAGUGAUCCCUUGGAUAGAGGGAUCAUGGAGCUUUAUGUUGAUUAAAAUUAAUGAUCCCUGUCCCUCACGAUUACCGAUGAUCCUUGAUGAUCCAACCUAAUAAUAUUUCUAUAUGUCUUCUUUUGAAUGAAUAAUUGAUCCAUUGAUAUUAGCAAUUGCUUUAGCGAUGUAGAAUCAUUUAAAGAUGAUCGGAAGGACGGCAAUUACUACCUGACGCUUUUGGGGAUGGGAAAUUUCGGUGGAAUGAGCCUUAAAGCUCGCCAUAUUGAUGAAAUGCGUUAUAUUUUCAUGCUUUUACGUAAUUCGUUCGCUGCAAAUUCCACUCAUCCGCAUUAUUAUAGUUUGGUAGGGGUAUUUCAUCACGUUGUGAAACGAUGGAAAUUUCCCCGUCCCGACCAGAGAGUGGCUUUGGCCUUGUUCGUGUGGACGUGUGGGUGCGUCAGUGUAUCCGUGUAUCCGUGUAUCGGGAACGGGAACGACGACGCCAAAUCCACGUAGCUGAUAGCGAAUCGUGCAAUCGGACGUCGGGGCGUUGGGGCGUCCUGGGUAUGGGGGGUAUUCACCGACGCCGUCGGUUAUUUUUAUCGCUCUCUCCCCCCACUUUCUGCCGUCUGCGACGCAGUUAGCAAUGCUCCAUGCUCCAGUGCUUUGACGGCUCUCUGCAGCUGUCAGAAGCAGCUUUCUGGGAGAGUAUAAAAGAUGCCGGCCGGCGAGCGUUCUUUACCAGUUCGAAGCUUGCGACGACAGCGAAAGCAAAGCGAAGCCACAACCACAGUAUACUCGUUUUAGAAGCAGCUACUAUACGAUACAUCUAUACCCUAAAAAGCAUCUGAAAUUACGUGUGAUUGGUGCGAGGUAGACAGCAACAUGAGUGAAACAGGGAAAUUGCAGGAGCAGCAGGGCCAACAGGGUCAGCAGCUGUCCGUGGAGCUGCUCGAGUGCGACAUCGAUUUCGACGAGGAGCUGCCGCAGUCCUCGCUGCAGGCCCAGGGCUCCGACCAGUCCAAGGCCAACAAUCCUCGCUCGGAGAAGCUCUUCAGCCAGGCGAUCAAGAAGGUAACGAAGGUGCAGCGCAUGCUGGAGCAGGCAAUGGCUCUGCUGGCCGAGGAGGAGGCCGCCGAGGGUUCCAAGUCCCAGCCGAAAAAGUCCAAGAAGCAGCACAAGAAGGACAAGAAGAAGGACAAGAAGAAGGCCAAGAAGCAGGAGAAGAAGCUCAGGAAGUCCGCAGGAGCUGUCGGCGAGCAGCCGGACGUGGAGCUCGUCGGCGAGGAGGAGGUGCCCACCACCAGCCGCCAGCGCUCCGACAGCGUCAGCUCGUCGAGCUCCAGCUCCAGCUCGAGCAGCUCCUCGAGCAGCUCCAGCUCCACUUCUAGCUCGAGUGACAGCUCGCACUACUAUGCGUAUGGCUGGGGUCGCAAGCACUGGGGUGCCGGAUGGCCCUAUGGCCCUCACGGCGGUCAUCAUCAUGGCCACCAUGGACGCGAUCGUUCUCGAUCUCGCAGUCGCUCUCAUGGACGUCAUGGCCAUGGUCAUGGACACGGUCAUGGAGGCCAUCGCCAUCACGGCCACGGCCACGGCCACGGCCACGGCCACGGAAAUGGCCACGGACAUGGACAUCGUCGUCAUGGACAUGGGGUCCAUCAUUUCGGACCCCAUCAUUUCGGUCACCACCAUUUCGGACCUCAGAAUUUUGUCUCCCAUGGGUUUGGCCCACGCGAGUGGGCUGCUGCCUGUCCGGCCGGAUUCGAUCGCCGUGCCGCUUGGCUGGCACCUUGGCCCGAGCAGUGCCGGUUUUUUCGGUCAGCGGGCCUGCCGUGGGCCCUGGAACACAGCUCGGCAAGAAGGAGGCGAUCGAUGUCUAGACCAGGCCGUGGAGAUUGUAGACAUCAGCACGGAGAGCAUCAGCGACGUGGACACGGACACGGACAUGGCCACAAGGGUGGUUCACAUGACCGUCGAGUAGAUCGAUCGAGCUCCAGCUCCAGUUCCAGUUCGAGUUCCAGCUCGGACAGCGAGUGCGAACGCGGACGCGGGCGCAAGGGUAGAUCGUGUCGCCGGAGCCGUCAUGGCAAACGCUCCAGCUCCAGCUCCAGCUGCCGUUCGGACAACGAGAAGAAGAGCCACAAGAAGAAGAAAGGUGGCCGCAAGCAGUGUCGUGGAGAAGGACUUCGAUUUAGCACUUCUUCUAGCUCAAGCUCCAGCUCGAGUUCCAGCUCCGAUGACGAGAAAAAGAAGAGGAAGAACAAGCGUGAAGGGCGUCAUGGACACCACCAUCACGGACCACAUCAUGGACAUCCCCAUCACGGUCCACAUCACGAACCACAUCAUGGACCACAUCACGGAAAUCCCCAUCACGGACCGCAUCACGGACCGCAUAACGGACCGCAUCACGGACCGCAUCACGGUCGUCAUAGCUCCCACCACGGACCUAAUUUUGGACUCAAUCUUGGGCCCGAUUUCGCCUGGCAUUUUCAUGGACGCUAUGGAGGACAUCCAGCUGUCGGCAUUGGAGCACCUGCCUUUGGUCACCCUCCGUCUCCCAACUAUGGUCCACCGCCUGACUGCCGUGGUCGUAGACGUCAUUCCCGUUCCCGUUCUCGCUGUCACAAAAAGAAAGAACGGAAGGGUUCUCGCUCGCGCUCGCGCUCCCGCUCAAACUCGCGCUCAGGCGGGAAAAAGCACGGCAAGGACAUGAAAAAUAAACAUCAUGGACAUGGAAAAGGACCGGGUUCCCGUCGUGGAUCCGUUUCUCAUCAUCCAUGCAGACCGCAUCGCGGAUCCGUUCCGCAUCAUGGAUAUGGUGGUCCCCAUCGGGGAUCCGUUUCCAAUUCUGGGCACGUUCCGCAUCGUGGAUCUGUUCCUAAUCCUGGACACGGGCCGCAUCGUGGAUCCGUUCCUCAUUUCGGACUCGGUCUACAUCAUAGACACUCCAUUCAUCGUGGAUCUGUUCCCCUUCAUGGUCCGGAGAGCCCCUGGGGCUGGGGGGUCUAAGCGACUAGUUGCUGGUCCCACAAAAAAUAUCAAUUUAUCUUCAACAUAACCUUUCACCAACCUCAAGCAUAAUCUUCGAUGUUGUACCUACCUGUAUACCAAAAAAAAGCAUUAUACAAUUAUUAAACUAUUAAAAAAAAUAAAUAAAAAGUAUUAAACUAGAAAACUUAAA